AUGGCUGCGAUAUCGAUCUUGUCACAAUCUCCCACCACUGAGUGUUGCAUAAUAAUCCACGUUCUGCACAGCCUGUGGAUGUGUUUCGUCGACAGUCCAAAUACAUACACGAUGAGCUGGAUGCCUCAACAUGUCCAUCACAUUGGACUUGCUACGAUAGAUCGGAACGUAUUUGUACAAAGAAUCUAACGCAUAUCUUACAACCUCCGCGGCCACCAUACUUGUGUUCCUUCAAUCCUUCCAGGCAAUAUACACAUAUCCUACAGUGUUC